UUUCUCUCCCAUAACGCUCUCUCUCUCUCUGUAAAACAUUUCAAACUUCCUCUGUCCCUCCCUUUUAGCCCUCUCACUCGCUCACUAGAUUUUUCUCUCUCUCUCUCUCAUAGGGUUUCUGCCAAGAAGAAGAUUCAGCUAAGCUUUGCUGGAAACGAGACACGUUGUUUAGUGAAGGAACUGUAGAAUCAACAGAGCGGAUUCGAUAAGAAAACUCACGUUUAGUUAUUGGAGAGGCGUAAACGGAGAUUAUUGAAUGUCUGAGUUUCCCUUCAUCAAAUCGAAAAGUCCCCCCACCCCAACAAAAAGGAUUUGGAGCAUUAUGAUUAGGGAAUAGCAAGGACAAGAAGGACACUUUCCCGUAGUUAACCAUGGAUCACUCGGAACAAACACUACAGCAACAGCAGCAGCCUGUGGAUGGUGCCGUAGCAAGUUCUGGCCAAAUGGCAUCAUAUGCUCCUUCGUCCUGUCAAACUGCUCCCAUAGUGGCUUCUGGAACUCUUGCUGUGGCCGUCACUUCCCCAUCGCAGGCCCCCACCACUUUCCCUGAUCCGUCACAUCAGCUUGUCUACCAGAAAAUAGAGCACUUUCACCACCACCAACAGGUGCAGCUUCAAGAGUUCUGGUCCGACCAAAUGCAAGACAUUGAGAAAGCAUCCGACUUCAAGAAUCACAGCCUUCCACUUGCUAGAAUUAAGAAAAUAAUGAAAGCUGAUGAGGAUGUUCGAAUGAUAUCUGCCGAGGCUCCAGUUGUGUUUGCAAAGGCAUGUGAAAUAUUCAUAUUGGAGCUGACUUUGCGCUCGUGGAUUCAGACAGAGGAGAACAAAAGGAGGACAUUACAAAAGAAUGAUAUCGCAGCUGCUAUUUCAAGGACUGACGUCUUUGAUUUUUUGGUUGAUAUUAUCCCAAGAGAUGAGUUGAAGGAAGAGGGGCUCGGAGUGACCAAGGCUACCCUCCCGGUGGUGGGUUCCCCAGCAGAUGUUCCGUACUAUUAUGUUCCACCGCAGCAUCCAGUGGGAGCUCCUGGGAUGAUUAUGGGGAAGCCAGUUGAUCAACCAGCACUGUAUGCUGCUCAACAGCUUAGACCACCUGUGGCCUUCAUGCCGUUGGUUCAGUCUCGACCUCAACAGCCACAGCAACAGCAACAAGAAGCGCAACAGCAGCAGGCAGACACUUAAUGAUUCUGGGCAAGCUACUGUCAAAUCUGUUCCCGGGCAUAGCAUCUUAUCGUUAGAGAUGAGUUUUAGGUUGGAUUAGUUGCCGAAUAUGACACUACACCAUAGUGGAUUGUGCAGUGAACUAAUGUUAGGUUGUAUUGCGUAUUUGCUUGUAUUGCUACUGAUGUGAUGUUUGACGUUGUCGUGUGUUAUUAUCUCGGCCUGUUCCUUUUUGCUUUU